CCAAGUGAAAGUGUAGUGGGUCGGCACUAUAUGCUACGCGUAGCAUUUUCGAGGCUUAGUCACAUCUUCAAAUCAUACAGUGCUGGCGACUGAGUGAGGAUUCAAAGGCUUCAGAUCUGUUGGAACUGUUCUCGUGCAAUUUGUCUCCCUUGGACAUCCGGAAGCUCUUGGACAACAUGGGCGUCGACUUCCACUCAGUCCUAGGAGCACCAGAUAACCCGGGUGGUCUAGCAUGGCGCGCACUGAGCAGCGCCCAGCAAGAGUUUAUCAAGGCUCUUCCGAAAGCUGAGGUGCACGCUCACUUGAAUGGAUGCAUACCGCUCGCUUGUCUGCAGGAGCUUGCUAGGGAUCAUGCCUUCAACGGUGGUUCGAUGACCGCUGAGGUACAACGUGGACUCGCCGUGCUGGAGACAGGUGUUGUUCUCAGCGAGAUCUCGGAUUUCUUCGGGUUGUUCCCAGCUAUUUACGCGUUGACAUCUACCCCACCAGCGGUGAAGAAAGCUACCCAAGCCGUGCUCGCCUCUUUCCUAUCCACGUCACCUCCCCAAUGCCAGUAUAUCGAGCUCCGAACAACACCCCGCAAGACCCCUCAUAUGACGGCAGAAGAGUAUCUCUCGACAGUGCUGGACGUUAUCGAGUCCUUCGAAGGACGCGCCGCGUUGAUCCUGAGCGUUGACCGGCGUAUGUCUGUCGAUGAUGUCUCGAGGUAUGUCGAGUUGGCUAAGACGCUCAAGCGGGAAGGGAGGGCGAUCGUCGGCGUCGAUCUUUGCGGUGAUCCGUUGACAGGAAAUAUGGAAGACUUCGCCCCAAUCCUCGCAUCAGUACACGACGCUGGUCUAAAGCUAACACUCCACAUCGCCGAAACUCCUCAAAACGACGAACCUGACACGCUUACGCUUCUCUCCGCCAAGCCCGAUCGGCUGGGCCACGCAACCUUUCUCACCCCCGCUGCACAAGCUAUCGUACGACGCGAGAAGAUACCGGUCGAGAUUUGCUUGACGUCAAACGUGCUAUGCAAGACGGUGCCCUCGCUGCAAGAUCACCAUAUUUCCGACUUGCUGUUGCACCAACACCCGGUCGUGAUCUGCACGGACGACACGCUCCCCUUCCGUAAUAGCCUGUUCGAGGAGUAUGCCCUUCUUCUCGCCCCACCGCCGCUUGGUCUGGGUUUCGCAGAAGUGGAGGUGGAGAGGAUUGCUAGAGAGGGGAUGGGGACGACGUUUCGCUCCACGAAGGAUUGAACAUAGUAGAUGACCGGCGUUAAGACAUAGUUCAGCUAGAGAUAUCAUUGAUCCCACUGUGCGACGUCGACAUGACCUGAAUUAUAUACCAGCCCCGCAUUGUGGACACCCUUCACAACACGUCUCUUGCUGCUAAUCUAUGCACCAUGGAGUGGUACUAGAAAGACUGCUGAAAGUAAAAUCCCAGAAAGAUCUGUGUCGCGCCUUCUAAGCUCGGUAUUGGGGCACCGCGGGCAUACUUUUUCGCCAUGUAACCUUUGACCCAGAGUCGGCCGAUGGUUUUGUAGCAUUCACAUCCCAAUCAGAACCAAACUGUUCCGGAAGGGUCGAUUGCGCAAGUGAACCAUAUGGUGCAAACUCAAGGGAGAGGCACACGCAUGCAUUGCAAGAUAAGUAGCUAAUGACUACUUAUCCCACCCGACAGCCAACCGUACAUGAACGAGAAGUGGGGCGAGGAACCAUCUAGUUGGCAAUGGUGACCUCGACCUCGACACCGGGCUCGAGGGAGAUGGAAGUGAUCUGCUUGACGACCUCGCUGGUAGAGUUGAGGUCAAUGAGGCGCUUGUGCACCUUGAGCUCGUAGCGGUCCCAGGUCUUGGAUCCCUCACCGCAAGGGGUCUUACGGGUGGUGAUCUUGAGGACCUUGGUAGGGAGGCGAACAGGGCCCUUGACACGGAGGUCCUUGUCCUUGGCACGGUUGACGAGAUCACCGCAGAACUUCUCGAGGUUCUUGACGUUGGAGCUGGUGAGGGUGAUGCGGAUGCGGUGGGUCUUGCCAGUAGCGACGUUGCCCGCGGCGUCGUAUUCCUUUUCCUUCGCGACGUAACUCAUAUUGUUGGAGACAGCGGUGAC